GUUUUCAGCUGCAAAACGGGUCAGAUUGACAAUAAAAGGACGCCAAAUACCGGAAAGUAGAAAGGAAAAUAUAAGGGCAAGAAGCCAUGUCAUCGGCUGUUAAACUUGCUGAUCGAUAUCUGAUGACAAAAAGGCUUGGAGAUGGAACAUUCGGUGAAGUUAUGCUUGCAAAGAAAAUAGACACUGGUGAUCGAGUUGCAAUUAAAAGAAUGAAGAAAAAGUUCUACAGUUGGGAAGAAGCAAUGAGCUUACGAGAAGUGAAAUCCCUCAAAAAACUCAAUCAUCCGAAUAUUAUUAAAUUGAGAGAGGUAAUUCGUGAAAAUGACAUUCUCUACUUUGUGUUCGAGUUUAUGCAAGAAAAUCUGUACGAGCUAAUGAAAGAUCGUGAUCGUUAUUUUCCGGAAAGUGUUAUUCGAAAUAUAAUAUAUCAAGUACUACAAGGACUUGCAUUCAUGCAUAAAAAUGGAUUCUUUCAUCGAGAUAUGAAACCCGAAAAUAUAAUGUGUAAUGGAACAGAACUUGUGAAAAUUGCUGAUUUUGGAUUGGCACGAGAAAUCAGAUCAAAACCACCAUAUACAGAUUAUGUAUCAACAAGAUGGUAUAGAGCACCUGAAAUUCUUCUGAGAUCUACUUCAUACAACUCACCAAUUGAUAUGUGGGCAUUGGGAUGCAUUAUGGCAGAACUUUAUAUUCUAAGACCACUUUUCCCUGGAACUUCUGAAAUGGAUCAAUUAUUCAAAAUAAUAUCAAUUCUUGGAACUCCAAAUAAGGAUGAAUGGCCAGAAGGUUAUCAAUUAGCUUCAGCAAUGAACUUCCGUUUCCAACAAGUUGUAGCAACACCAAUGGAACAGGUUGUGAACACAAUAAGUAAAGAAGGAAUGAAAUUAAUGAUGGAUAUGAUGCUUUGGAAUCCAGAGAAACGUCCGAAUGCUAAUCAAUCACUUCGCUAUAAAUAUUUCCAAGUUGCUGAAAAGUUGGGUGCUCCAGUUGUUAGUCAACCAGCUCCUGGAAGUAUUCGAAAGACAAGUGCAGCUUCAGUUAAAAGUGAUACGAAAGCAAUGACAGCUAAGGCGGCAAAGAAAGAUUACAUUGGAUCAGAAAAUGUGUCUCCUCAACAACCAGCCAAAGUUAUUGACCGUCACAUAAAUCGCAAUCUACCUCUCAAUAAGGAAACUCUUUUUGAAAAAUCAGAUAACAAGCCUCUGGGACCAACAAAAUCAAAUGAAGCAAAGCCGACAGCAAAGGAGAUAUAUUUAUCAAAAAGCAAAUAUGUGCCCGGCCAAGUAUCCAAAGACACUCAUCAAAAUCAAAUAAUGACAACAAAUGGAUUAACUGGAACAACUAAAACGACAACAUUUUCUGCAAAAAAAGAGGGUCGAACGGCAGUUCAAACAAGGUUCGAGUAUGCGUACGGUUACAUCCCAAGCUUCGGAGCAAGACAGACGGGACCAACAGUGUCGAAUCAAACAAAUAAUCAUUCAGCAAAUAAUUCUCAUUCACCAAAUAAAAUGAGUAAUACGGGUCGAGUCGAUUGGGCAGCCAAAUAUGUAAAAUAGUCACCAUCGUUCGAAAUAUUGCAUAAUCUUCGCUACAGUACCCCGUUUUCAAGGACUUCUCCCUUGGCGGUGAAGUCAGGAAAAAUGCCUAGCGUGAUUCUUUUAAUUUAUUUUUUUUAAAUUUUCACCCAACUCUCUUUCAUAAAAUGUGGAAUAAACUACGAAUUCACAUGUAUUAUACCACAAAUUAGGCACUAUGGCUACAAAAAAAUCAAUAAAUGAAGUAAGAGGGC